AUGUCUUCCGAGUCGGAUGGUCAGUGCGGCCGACCACCUGACCCAAACCUUUUUACCUGCCGCUCUGCGAUUGGAGAGUCAACAGCAGAUGCAAGAAACACUAGCUUAAAUAGAUUGAGUGACAUGGAUUUUUGUGAUACUGAAAGUGUAAUUAGUGUAGAAAAUGAAUCAGUUAGUAGUUGUGAUUUGAAUAUUAAGAAUAGUGUUAAUGUUAAUUAUAAAUAUAAUAUCAACGAUGUAAGUGCAGAUAAUAAUAAAAGGGAAACGUUAGAACUAAAGGAAAAUAAAGGGGAAAACAGUAAUUUAGCGUUAAAUAACAGUGAUACAACAAUGGAAAUAACAAAAGAUCUAAUAAGUGACGACAACAAUAUAAACGAUCAAAAUAAAUCAAAUGAAAGAGUUAAUCCAUUAAAUAAUUUGAUACGUUUUGAAGGUUGCGAUAUGGGCUCUUACACUAUAUUUGUUGAAUCCAAGGACAAAAAUAUAGGCCGACUGCACCCGAUGGCCUUGGGAAAAAUCAUACAUAAUGCAGGGGCAUAUUUCAAAUUUGGUUUGACAGAAGUUUCGGUUAUAGGAAAAAAUAAAGUAAAGAUGGAAUUUAAAAGCGCCAGGGUGGCGAACAAAAUUCUAGAUGACAAAAUUUUAGAAAAAAAUAAUCUGAAGGCAUACAUCCCGAAAUACCUACUUGUAAGGCAUGGCAUAAUAUUUGAUGUGGAUGCCAAUCUCUCAGAACAAGAAAUUAUAAACGCCAUUGAAACAGAUAUUCCGAUUAUAGACGUGGUAUGUUUAAGACCGAAAAAUAAUAAUACAAUAAAAUACUCAUCACAAUGUGUCAAAUUAACGUUUAGGGGCACAAGUUUACCGAAUAAGGUAGCUAUACAUUCGGUAAAAUGUGAGGUUCGACCGUUUGUACAGAAAGUGGUCCAAUGCUACAAAUGCUGUCGAUUCAAUCACGUUAAGGACCAAUGUAGAGGAAAAGAGAGAUGUAUGAAAUGUUCCGGAGAACAUAAUGCGAAAAUAUGUAUAGCAUCCAAAUUUCUAUGUGCGUUGUGCAAUGGGGAUCACCCUGCAAAUGAUAAAGAAUGCACGAAUCUAGCAUACCAUGAAGCCAGAAAUAUAUUAUAUAAAGACAGCUAUGCAAACAAGUCAAAAGCCGGAUUCAGUUUCACGGGCAAAGAUAAAGAAUUUCCAGGUUUGUAUGCAAAACCUGCAUCUAGUACAGACAGCAAGAUAACUAAAAAUAGGUUCGACGCCCUUUCUGAUUUAGAGGAGGAGGAGCAACCGGAAUUUUUAAAUCCGACAACCUUUCAUAAACCUAAAAGAGCGACUUACAAAAUUACCAAAAGCAAUACUCCAUUCAAUUCUGGAUCCUCAAUAAAAAAACAGUCAGUGAAGGAACCUGUAUCAAAUAGAAAUAACAAAACCGAAUUUAACCUCAACCCAAGAAAAAGGUUAAAACCGAGCGUGGAACGUGAAUCUGCAAUAGUCGAAAAUAAUGUUGAAGCAAUGUUCAACAAGAUGGUUCAUUAA